AUGGCAGGAACAGCACCUCGUGUUCUCAUGCUCCAUGGACAUGGACAAUCUGCUGAGAUCUUUUAUCCAAAGACUCGUCGUCUUCGUAAGGCCUUUCAAGACGCAUCUGAUGAGGCCCCAUUUGACUUUGAGUUCCUGUCUGGUGUGUGGCCCGCUUACCCCGAUAGAGAGGACCGAGAUUGGUACAGGGUUUGGGGCUAUGGUGAGGAGGCAGACCGAAUCCGGGGCCUCGCGCGGUCCUUAGAGUACAUUCAGGAUACCCUUGAGCGGAAAGGGCCCUUCAUCGGCAUAGUUGGCUUUUCCUCUGGGGCAGCCAUGGCAGCCCUUGUAACAUCAAUAUUGGAGAAAAGAGAGCCAAUGUGCGGCUUAUCUCGGAAGACUAGCCACUCGCCGUUCCAAUUCACCAUAUGUCUCAGUGGGUUUAAGCUACAGAAUUCAUAUUACGAAGGGUUCUAUCGAACUAAGAUCCUCACCCCAAGUCUCCAUGUAAGUGGGAGUCUAGAUGCAGUGAUUACACCUGAGCAGACCAAAUCUCUUGCAAGUCAUUUUCAUAAUGUACAGUUGUUUGAGUUUUUUCGAGGCCAUUAUGUACCCCAAAGUAAGGAGUUUUGUGCAGCAUUGACCAAGUUUCUGAAGGAGAAUUUAAAGCCGAAUGCUCACUGA